CUCAGCCUAAGCGUCACAGUUACUACUUAGAGGUCAUAGCAGCAUACCUCGCAGUGAUGAAGUUUCGAACUAUCUGUUGGGGAUCCAAUUUAAUCUUGCCACUGACUUGGUCGCGUUUAGACAGGCAACAGCUAAAGCAGGCAUGCCGUAAGAAGUUUCUCAGUCGUACAUCGUCUAUGUGUAUAUUCGUUACGACAGAGUUAUCAGCUCAAAUAAGGAGGGUCCAACAAGAUGACGACUUCAUCAAAGCCGUUAUAGAGAUGUUCAAGCAACGCCCAUACCAAGACUGUAAGCUCAAGGGUGGUCUUCUGUAUAAAGUCGUCGAUGGCAAUGAGUUGCUUGCUGCUCUGAAACUAAUAGAACGAGAAGUGAUUCAAAGGUCGCACGAAGAUGUACUAAGUUGGGCAAAAAAGGUGGCUAUCUUCACCGCAUAGACAAGGGUGACACGCCAAUACACACGCUGCACAUCGCUCAUUUGGGACUAAUGAACGCAACAGCUAAGCCAUACAAAUACAUUUUUGCUAUGGUAGAUGCGUUUUCGA